UUUGACCUUUUUUUCUUAAAGAAAUGACUCAAGCCAAUUAAUUGAUUAUCAAAAUAGUAGUUUUCAGCGAUGAAUUAAAAUAGUUCGCAAUGAAUUGAUUGAUAUUUGCAGCUCUAUAACGAUGUACACAUUAAUUCACAAAUGAUUAAAACCCAGUAUUGUAAUGUAUAUCAUUCUGUAUAGUUAGUGGUUUUAAUGUUGGUAUUUUAAAUCUAUUUUGAAUGCAUAACUUUUAAUUGAGUAUUUCUACACUGUGGUACUGCUACAGUGUGUGUUGUGGUAUAAAAAAAAAGCACAAUCUCUCAAGAGCUAAAUAAGUGUGAGCUGCGUAGGUCAUCCUAUGAGGAAGUAAAUGUAUGUUUCAGAAUGCCCCUCUAUGCUAUCAGAGCCAGGAAGUAUAUCAGGCUUUUCAGGAAAUAGACUGUUUCUAAAAGCAGUCCUGCCUCCAUUGUCUGGUAACAGGAAUCAUCCAUCAGGAUGUACUCCAGAAACAGGAUGCUGUAUUUCGAAAGACGCUGUAUGCCAACACCACCAUCUUCAUGAAGUUCCAGGGUGACACAGGGUCAUGUGACCGAAACCUGGCGUUCAACAUCAGCUGGUACCUGCGCUCCUCUGUUUGCUACAAUGAGGUCUUUAACACGCCAGACAACAAGGCGAUGAACAUGUUUGGUAUGGACCACAUGCUGAAAGACGGCUGGAGCGGCUUCUACAGUCAGGGCUACAUGUACUUCGACAACUGCUCCUCCCUCUUCUUACCAAAGGUGUAUUAUGCAGACUUCAACCCAUAUCAGCCCCUCACCAGCCCAAAGAGCGACCCAUCCAAUCAGAGCCUUAUUUGGCCUGACAAGCCGGACAUCAGCGCCGUGGCCAAAGCCUGGGAGGACAGUCCUUAUCUGUUCAUAGUGAAGGUGCAGCCUUUGUUCCGCGGAGUCGAGGAAGAAGACAUCGGGGCCGAGCAGCUCAGCUUUGCUUUCACAAUGAAAGUUGAGAUGAAGAGACCACAUGACUACUCGUCUCCAGCAGACUGGCCCCUGAUGAUGUUCUUCAUGAUCAUGUGCAUUGUGUACGUGCUGUUCGGGGCUCUCUGGCUCUUCUGGUGUGCCUGCUACUGGAGGGAUCUGCUGCGGAUCCAGUUCUGGAUCGGCGCUGUCAUCAUCCUCGGCAUGCUGGAAAAAGCUGUGUUUUACUCUGAAUACCAGAGCAUCCGUUACAAAGGAGACUACGUUCAAGGUGCUGUGAUUUUCGCUGAGCUGCUCUCUGCACUGAAAAGAUCUUUAGCCCGGAUCCUGGUCCUCAUAGUCAGUCUCGGCUACGGCAUCGUCAAACCCCGGUUGGGUACCACAGUGCACCGGCUGGUAGCUGUUGGGCUUCUUUACCUGCUCUUCUCCUCUGUGGAAGGUGUGCUACGAGUGACGGGUGGUUUCUAUGGGACGGUUGCCCUGGUGGCUAAUCUCAGCCUCUCCCUUAUUGACUCCUGUGUCAUGUGGUGGAUUUUCAUCAGUCUUUCUCAAACCACUCGUCUCCUGAAGCUCCGCAGAAACGUGGUGAAGCUCUCCUUAUAUCAACACUUCACCAACACUCUCAUCUUCUCUGUGGUCGCUUCCAUCAUAUUCAUCAUCUGGACUACCAAAGUCUUCAAGCUGGUAGACUGCCAGACGGGUUGGAGGGACUUGUGGGUAGACGAUGCCUUCUGGCGGCUCCUGUUCUCCACCAUUCUGCUGGUGAUCAUGGUGCUGCUGCGGCCCUCUGCUAACAGCCAGAGGUUCUCCCAUUCUCCUCUGAUCGAUGAAGAUGAUGAAGAGGAAGAUGCCAAGGAGCCCAUGCUGAAUGAGGCUUUUGAGGGAAUGAAGAUGAGAGGCUCAAAGCCUGAUUCUAAUGGCUCCCAGAAACUGUUGAGUAAAGAGGAUGAAGACCUGAAAUGGGUUGAAGAGAACAUUCCUACAACUGUAGCUGAUGUAGCACUCCCUGUAAUGCUAGACGAGGAAGAGGAAAUCCUGAAAACCAAGAUGGAGCGAUCCAAAAUGGAGUAGAAGUUCACGCGAGAGGAUGACGUGAGAAUGGAAAGGUGAUUUCACUCAGGCAGCGAUGAAUGCGUUCUGAGUGAUCUAACAACCAAAAAAAUGUGGGCAAAGGCAACAGUUCUCUCCAGACACUUUACAUUUUUAGUUUUGUUUCACAGGUGUUGUGUAACACUAUGAUAAGCUCAAAGAAGCAUGAAUAGUGUGUUUAUGUGAAGGCCGUACUGUGCGACCUGUAGUCGGACGGGUUGACUGUUGAUGUGAAGAUCAGCAUUCUGGGAGGAGGCUGAAACUGAAGCAAUUACACAGCAGAGCACUUUGAUAAAUAUUUCAUUUGUUUCAAAGAUGUUUCUUCCGUGUCACAAACGUGGCCAAAAUCAAGUAGAAUCCGGCCAUUUUAUACAGUGCCCUUGUGGAAAAUAGAAUAUUUAAAAUCCUGUCCUGUGGUUUUAGACUAAUACAAUAUUUAAAGAGGCGUGUGGUUUCUUGAGCACUGGAGGUGCAAGAUAAAAACAUUAGAGAGAAGUUUCCCACCAGCUUCGAACUGAAGAGGUGACCCCAGCAUCUAAUUGGUCAAAUUUUGUAGGACUGAUUUCAGAUCUGUUCAUGUGCAAAUCAUGACGAUUCUUGGCAGUUGUCUCAUCCAAGAAACCAGAUGAUUGUAUGAACGGAACGGAAAACACAUGCUGGAAACACUGAGUUAUUGUGCAUAGUAAGAUUAUAUUUAAGAUACCACAGCGACAGACACUUACCUUCAGAGGUGUGCUGUGCUAUAGACAUGAUGUAGGAGAGUCAGUGUUUUCAGCAUGCAUUUUAUCACCUUACCUAUAUAACAAGGUAACAUGAUGAUGGAUAUUUAAUAUUGAAAUAUGCAGGCAACUGUAUGAUAUAAUUAACCACUUAGCCAGAUAACUAAAAACAAUGUUUUAAUGCUUUUACCUUCCCAUUUCCUGAGCUCAUUUCUGUAGCCACACCAGCGAAUUGUAUAUGUACAUCUUAUUGUUAACACAUAACUAACACUUUUUUUUUGUCUGGCUAACUGAGUAAUCCUGAAUAUACAAGUAAAUAAGCUACUGGUACUGUACGUAAACACAGCUGCAUCAGUGAAUACUUGAAGCAGAUCACGUUUGUCAGGGUGAAAUCUGUGUUUUUGGGGAAUCCUCGUGUUAACUGGAACACAUUGUUUUCUGUGCUGAGAGAAUGUGAUGACCCCCUUGGUCAUGAAACCCAUUCGAAGCCAAGUAUGUACCAUAAGAAACACAACGUGAUCACUUCUCUGAGAUGUUCUCUUUUAAACGGAACAGCUCAACUGACUGAAAAUGUGAGACUGAUGUUGGUGAUUUUCAAAUGACAAAUAAAAGACUGCUCAGUGAGUGCGGUUAAUUUAUACAUUUUCCAGACCUGUUUUCAAGCAGAAGUAGUCAUGAGUCUUAAACUUAUUUUCAUCUCUAUAUAAAUUAACAUUUUGCAGCUUUUCACUUAACAGCAGUGAUUUGGGUCCACUUCAUGUUGAUGUCACCAAAGUGAAUUUUUAUUUUUAAGAUACUGAAUCACAGAAUCCAUUGAUUAGCCUCACAUAUGUGGUGGUGUAGUAUGUAUGUAGUCCUAUCUCACUACCUGCACUAAUUGGGCCAGAGUUUUGUUAAGGUUCUCACUCAAAUUCAGUAGCACAGGUUAGUUUAAAGAAAUACUAAACAUGCUUAAUGAAUAACUUUCAUUCUACCACAACUGCAGAUUCCUUUGCGCCGAUCCCAUUCACACUGCAAAAUAAUCUUGCCGUAUCUGGCAGAAUUAUAUCCCGUCCUUGUGCAAUCUACUGCAGUUUGUGUGGAUAAUCUAAAUUCUGUAAUUCAUGUUUGUUUGUUUUUUUAAUAUUUAUCCAAGUCUUGUUGAGUAUAUUUUAUUUUAGAGAGACACUAAAGCCCAAUUUCUGGAUGUGAGUCUGCAUUGUGCAAUGUGAAGCUGAUGAUAUUGUAUGGCUUUUUGCGUAUGUCCUGCAAAUAAAAUUUAUAUUGAAACAUG